CCCGAAUUGCGGCCCGCAAUCACACACUACUGGAGCUUCAACGACUAAACAAUAGCAACCAUCCUGAGUGAAUUAGCUAGCUACUGAGAAUAAUUUAUAUAGGAAUCAAGGUGGCAGCACUAGUGAAAAUCCUAGCAUCUGCAAAACUGAAACAAAUCCGGAGAUCCAACCCACGGCGAAAUCAGCUGCAUAAUGGAAUUGUCUUGGCAAUGACAGGGGAGUACAAACUGAUCCGGGACCAGGCUAGCCUGCACGGGAGGUCACGGUGGACUGGAGGGCUGCGUGAUGUUGUGACUCAGUGCUCUGUUUGAAUCUGUAAUACUGAGUGAAGGGCUGUGCGAGAGGGACUUUAAAAAAGAACCCAACUUGCUUGGUUGUCGUAGUGUGCAGAAGAGAGGAGUGCUCCUCAGUAGUAGCAGCAGCCAUGGGCCUGGUAGCUUACCUGAAGACCCAGUUUGUUCUGCAGCUCCUCCUGGGUUUUGUGUUCGUGGUGAGCGGCCUCCUCAUCAACUUCAUCCAGUUGUUGACAUGCGUCCUGUGGCCCAUCGACAAGCAGCUGUACCGCAGGAUCAACACCAGGCUCUCCUACUCCCUCUGGAGCCAGCUGGUGAUGCUGCUGGAGUGGUGGUCGGGAACACAGUGCACCCUCUACACAGAUCAGGCCACAGUGGACAAGUUCGGCAAGGAACACGUCAUCAUCAUCCUCAACCACAACUAUGAGAUUGACUUCCUGUGCGGCUGGACUAUCUGUGAGCGAUACGGAGUCCUAGGGAGUUCCAAGGUGCUGGCCAAACACGAGCUGCUGAAGGUGCCUCUGAUUGGCUGGACCUGGUAUUUCCUGGAGAUCGUGUUCUGUAAGAGGAAGUGGGAGGAGGACCGAGAGACCGUGUUCAGAGGGCUAGAAAGACUCAGAGACUACCCUGAGUUUAUGUGGUUUCUGCUGUACUGUGAAGGCACUCGCUUCACAGAGAAGAAGCACCAGAUCAGUAUGGAAGUGGCAGAAAGUAAAGGCCUGCCCAAGCUCAAAUACCACCUGCUGCCCAGAACCAAAGGCUUCACCACCGCACUCAAAUGCCUCCAGGGCACAGUGUCUGCUGUGUAUGACGUCACACUGAACUUUAAAGACCACCAAGUCCCCACUCUGCUGGGCGUCAUCAACGGCAAGAAAUACAUGGCAGAUAUGAGAAUCAGGCGGUUCCCUGUAGAGGAGAUCCCAGAAGAUGAGGAGGAGUGUGCCAACUGGCUUCAUAAACUCUACCAGGAGAAGGAUGCUUUGCAGGAGCACUACCAUAAAGAGGGCACUUUCCCGGGUCCAACCAUCACCCCUCCUCGCCGGUUGUGGACGCUACUCAACUUCCUGUUCUGGGCGGCCCUGCUGCUCUCACCCCUCAUCAACUUCGCCUGCGGGGUGGUGGUCAGCGGCUCCCCCCUCCUCAUCCUCGGCUUCAGCCUCUUCCUCAUCGUAGCCUCCAUAGCCAUCCGGCGCCUGAUCGGUGUCACCGAGGUAAAGAAGACGGGCUCCAGUUACGGCGACGAGGGGUCCAAGAAACAGAACUAGACCUCUACCUCCCCCCUGUUGGUUGCUGUACGGUCCUCCUGCGGUUCCCCUCCCUCUAUUCUGUUGUCCUGCAGGUGCAGUCAGCAUGCUGGGGAGGGUGCCAAACCAUUACACCUAGAGAUAAAACAGAUAGAUCUGGAUGAGACCAAACCAUUACACCUAGAGAUAAAACAGAUCUGGAUGAGACCAAACCAUUACACCUAGAGAUAAAACGGAUAGAUCUGGAUGAGACCAAACCAUUACACCUAGAGAUAAAACAGAUCUGGAUGGGACCAAACCAUUACACCUAGAGAUAAAACCGAUAGAUCUGGAUGAGACCAAUUCAUUACACCUAGAGAUAAAAUGGAUAGAUCUGGAGGAGGCCAAACCAUUACACAUAGAGAUAAAACGGAUAGAUUUGUAGGGUGCCAAACCAUUACACCUAGAGAUACCACAUAUAGAUCUGGAGGGAGCCAAACCAUUACACCUAGAAAUAAAAUGGAUAGAUCUGUAGGGGACCAAAACAUUACACCUAGAGAUAAAACGGAGAGAUCUGGAGAAAGAAAGAGGGAGAGCGUUAUGACCAGGGAAGGAGUGUGGAGAGAGAGACAGGAAGACGGUCUGGAGCCAGCUCUCUGUGGAGUAGGAGAGGGCAGAAGGAGAGGCUAUGACCAGGCUCUUUGCCCCCCUUAACAACUCCCUCUGAUGUCCCCGGCCACGCCCACUCUUCACCUCCUGACCACUGGGGUCCUCACCACCGGACAACUAGUCAGCUCACCACACAGAAACAAGCCCACUUCCUGUUCUGAGCUAACCACUUCCUUUUCCUGUCACAUGCUCUGGUCCUUUUUUUACUCGUGGUCACCUCUUGUAACAACAUACAGUACAUCUCCCCCUCGUUCUACCAAAUGACUGGACUUCAAAUGGGAACCAGUUUCUUGAGGCUCAGCCUGGUUUCCACUUUGCUUUUAACCUCUAAGAAAAAGGUGUUUAUUUUUUCACUGUGCUUCCUAUCUCUGCUGUGGGAGCCCGCCCCCUUUUAUAUUUGUUGUCCAGAUUCAACAUCAAAUAUAAUGCAGCGUUUCCAUGAUUCUACAAGUCUAUGCAUUCUGGUCACUGUUGAAUAUUACCACGGCACCUAUUUUCAUCUGGUCUAUGUACAACAGAAGAGAUGGGACUUCCAGUGUUUUAAAUACUGAGGCAGGUUUCUGUGUGUUAAGACUACAGUAAGGGCUCUGUAUUCAUUAACUACACACUAAUUAACUACUUACUAACAUUUUGUUAUCUUUGACAUGAUAUUCGACUCCACUGUUCCAACGCCCUCAAGUUCUGACUAAUGAUUCUUUUAUGUAGGUUUUUUUCCGCAUUCUCCCAUGCUUGUAGAUGUCUGCACACACAUUAACAUGCCAUUUUAUGACUAGCCAGUUCCUGAGUGAACUUCUCUUCUUCUGUUGUCUCCACUCUGUUUUACACAGCUCAACCACCCCCGGUGUCUAUACACAGCUCAACCACCCCCGGUGUCUAUACACAGCUCAACCACCCCUGGUGUCUAUACACAGCUCGACCACCCCCGGUGUCUAUACACAGCUCGACCACCCCUGGUGUCUUUACACAGCUCGACCACCCCCGGUGUCUAUACACAGCUCAACCACCCCCGGUGUCUAUACACAGCUCGACCACCCCGGUGUCUAUACACAGCUCGACCACCCCGGUGUCUAUACACAGCUCGACCACCCCCGGUGUCUAUACACAGCUCGACCACCCCCGGUGUCUAUACACAGCUCGACCACCCCCGGUGUCUAUACACAGCUCGACCACCCCCGGUGUCUAUACACAGCUCGACCACCCGCGGUGUCUAUACACAGCUCAACCACCCCCGGUGUCUAUACACAGCUCAACCACCCCCGGUGUCUAUACACAGCUCAACCACUCCCGGUGUCUAUACACAGCUCAACCACUCCCGGUGUCUUUACACAGCUCAACCACCCCCGGUGUCUAUACACCAGCUCAACCACUCCAGGUGUCUAUACACAACUCAACCACCCUCCAUGUCAGUGUGACUCUUAUAAUAACCAAUUCCAGUCAAAACAGACUAACCCCACCUACCCUUUUAUAGUUGAAAUGCACUAGCUACUGAUUCUCUCCAGCUGUAGACUCUAGUAAUGUUUGCCUCUGCAAGGGUGACUGUUUGAUUGGUUACUAAGUUCUCAUCGGCUAAGGUGAUUGUUUGAUUGGUUACACCGUUCCUGUCUCUUAGGCUAGGGUGACUUGAUUGGUUACUAAGUUCCCGUCCUACCUCAUCUCUUAAGCAAGGGUGAUUUGAUUGGUUACUAAAUUCCAUUCCUACCUCAUCUCUUCCUCUACUAAAGUCUUGGUGCACUGUGGGUAGUUGAAUAUUCUCCAUGUUAGUUCUGGCAUGUUUAUUAGGCCCUGGUGUAUGUUGACAUGGUGCAGGAGCAAAAGGAUCUUAUUGAAUUGCAAUUACAUGUGUCAUUUAACAGAAGCUCUAAUCCAGAGCAAUUUACAAUACCGUCCCUAAUAGUACUGUUGUACAUCUCAGUAGCCAGCGAUAUGUUACUAAAAGCUGCUUCCAGGUCCUGAGCUGCACAGGAAGGAGAUUUUUGCCCCGUUCUUUAUUUCUUGCUGCAUUUGCUUUCCAACACACCUGCAUUUGCUUUCCAACACACCUGCAUUUGCUUUCCAACACACCUGCAUUUGCUUUCCAACACACCUGCAUUUGCUUUCCAACCUACCUGCAUUUGCUUUCCAACACACCUGCAUUUGCUUUCCAACCUACCUGCAUUUGCUUUCCAACCUACCUGCAUUUGCUUUCCAACCUACCUGCAUUUGCUUUCCAACCUACCUGCAUAUGCUUUCCAACACACCUGCAUAUGCUUUCCAACACACCUGCAUUUGCUUUCCAACACACCUGCAUUUGCUUUCCAACACACCUGCAUUUGCUUUCCAACACACCUGCAUUUGCUUUCCAACACACCUGCAUUUGCUUUCCAACACACCUGCAUUUGCUUUCCAACACACCUGCAUUUGCUUUCCAACACACCUGCAUUUGCUUUCCAACACACCUGCAUUUGCUUUCCAACACACCUGCAUUUGCUUUCCAACACACCUGCAUUUGCUUUCCAACACACCUGCAUUUGCUUUCCAACACACCUGCAUUUGCUUUCCAACACACCUGCAUUUGCUUUCCAACACACCUGCAUUUGCUUUCCAACACACCUGCAUUUGCUUUCCAACACACCUGCAUUUGCUUUCCAACACACCUGCAUUUGCUUUCCAACACACCUGCAUUUGCUUUCCAACACACCUGCAUUUGCUUUCCAACCUACCUGCAUUUGCUUUCCAACCUACCUGCAUUUGCUUU